GGGAGCCGCCGGGAUGGGGGCCGCUAGGAUGGGAGCCGCCGGGAUGGGGGCCGCUGGAGGCGGCACGUCGCCGGCAAUUGGGCCAACUGCUGAUAGAUGGAAACACAAACAAACAGAGACAGGGAGAGAGCAGACAUGACAUGAGAGGUGUCCUGUCCCCCCAUACCCACCCAUCCACCCAUUCAUCCAUCCAUUACUUACCCUCUUCAAUCCACUGAGACAUUGGCUCCUCCUCUGCAUUGUCCACAUCGCCCUCGAGUGGCUCGUCGAGGGUGCGGGUGCGGGCGCGGGCGUCUCGGGCACCUCCCUGUCGCUGUCCUCGGCCGCUGCUGCUGGUGGGGGGAGUGCUGCCGCCAUAUGAGCCGCUUCCGGGAGAGGGGAGUCGGGGAUGGCAUCACGGGACGCAGGGGACGCACCGGAAUCCCCUGACGCCGCCGUCUCGUCACCCGAGUCCUCCCUGGCUGCCCGCUCCUCCACGGGCACCUCCUCACACACACCGCGGGCGGCUGCUGAUGGGCCGGGGACGGGUUGCUCGUCCAGCCUCACCGCCUGGCGGACGGCAGGCGACUCCAGCAGCUCCAGCGCGGCGAACAGCUGUUCGUGGAUGUGCUCGACUGUUGCCCUCUCGCCCUGCCUCUCCCUCAGCACCGCCUCUGCGACGCCGGCGUGGAUGUCCGCCCACCGCUUCACCCACCACAGGUCGGCCUCGUGGCAGAUCUGCUCGAGGGGCCAGGAGAGCUGCCCGCCGUGCAGUGGGUAGCCGUCAGGGCUCAUGAAGUACUCGCGCACUUCAUCCCACUGCAGCAUCAUCUGCUGCUCCCUCUCCUGGGGGUCCAUCCCCUCCGGCGCCUCCAGCAUGGCGGUGUGAUAGGCCACCCGCCCUCCAAUGGUGGAGAACACCAGCAGUCCCAAGCCGUAUGCCACGCUGGGUAGCCCCACGAGGACGGCCUCCUCCCUCCCCUCGCCCGUGAGCAACCCGUCGUCACGCAUCUCCCGACGCAGACGGCACCAGCCCUCGAAGAUCUGCCGACUCGUGUCGGGAGGCAUCUCGUCCUCCUCUUCCUCGCCAUCCUCUGAGUCGUCGUCUUCACUGUCGUCAUCCUCAUCGGAUGAGUCGUCGUCGUCACUCUCCUCGCUCUCCCCCUCUGACUCGUCGGCCUCGUCGUCUUGAACGUCGGAUGGGCCGUCCUCUUGUCUUUCGUCUGCCGCCACCUCAUCUUGGCUGUCGUCUGCCGCCGCCUCCUCUUGGCCCGCUGAGGUGGAGCCACAGCCCAGCAACAUCGCCCACUGCUCGGGAGACCUGAACCAACACGUGCCAACCGGGCGGGCGUCCUGGUUCUGAAGGUCCUCGUCGAGCGGGACGCGGGCAGGCCUGGGGCCGAGGAACUCUGGGGCGGGCGGGUGGGCUGUGGGGGAGGGUGUUUCGGGGGCUGCGAUGCUGUUGGCGUAGUCGAUGAAGAGCGCCCCGUUGUCAUUUGAGUGGCGCUGCAGGGUGCCGUCGGGGCUGUGGAGGACGGACCGCGGCAGCAUGAUGUUGUUUACGAAGCCGUCGAGGCAGUAGAUGCCGUGGUUGGCUACGGCGCCUCGGUGCGCUUGCGUGGUCAUGAUGAGGGCCUUCGACACGACCUUCAGGUCCGCCAAGAGCCCUCUCAUGGCCUGGUUGCGGUCCCUCAUGCAGCCCGCCUCAAACCUCGUCAGCACAUAACCCAGCCCGUAGCGGGUCUGCUCGCAUCCCAUCCACCCAAACAGACGGUUCAGCUCCACAUACACGUCACCUGUACCAACACCCCACACACACACGUACAGAGAACAUCAGAACCCUCACCCUGCCACUCGUGCGCUAUUCACUCGUUCUUUCUCCCGGCCUUGCUGCCUCAUUCAUCAAAAGUAUGUGUGAAUCUCACUCAGCUCACCCAGCAGUGGUGGUUCGGCCUUAAACAGGGACUUCUUGGUGCUGCCAUCUGGGCUCGUGUAGUAGGCGGGGCGCUCGAGGUCGGCGUCUGCAGCGUAGAGCUUGAGGAACGGGCUGGUGCCGGCGGCCCGGCGCAUCCGCCGCACCUCCGUCCUCAUAUCACGAGCGGCCCUCUGAAUCUCCUCCUCCGUCAGCCCCUCCAGCAACACUAUCUUGACGGCCGCAUCAUCGGUGGCACUGCUGCCGUGUCGGGGCACCCUCCCUCGAAGGACGAAUGCCGUUGCGCCGACGCCCAGGGUGGCAGCUCCUUCGUCCUCGAACUCGAUGACGCGGCCGUCGCUAGACAGGAGUUUGCUCGCACACAUCAAACACAUCGCUGCUCUUCUCUCGCAACGAAUACGCUCC